GGUGCUGAUGCAGGAUGGCUGAGCGCGCAGGAGCCCGGGAGGUCUGAGCCGGGCGAGGCUCGCUCCGUGCGCAUCGCCUCAUUCGCCCGCCGCGUGGUCGCGGGCAGGUGGGCCCGGGGCGCAGCGCGGGGCCAGGGCAGGGCAGGGGAGGCAGGUCUGCAGCCGGCGGGGCCGGAGGCUGACAGACUGCCCACCUACCCGGUCUCGGAGCGGCCGGAGCUGCCCAGCCUGCCGAGUUCGCGAUGACCUGCUGAGAAGCUUCGUUGGAGGCUGCAGGAGGCGGCCUCGCCGAGGGCGGUGCGGUUCGCGGCCUCCUCCCUCGUCGUGCCGAGCCCCGGCCCCCCACCCAUCCCCGCGCCCUCUCCCUGCCUCCGGCCGAGAUGGCGGAUCCAGCCGAAUGCAGCAUCAAAGUGAUGUGCCGGUUCCGGCCCCUCAACGAAGCGGAGAUCCUCCGCGGGGACAAAUUCAUCCCCAAAUUUAAAGGCGAUGAGACUGUGGUGAUCGGGCAAGGGAAGCCAUAUGUCUUCGACAGAGUGCUGCCUCCCAGCACGACCCAAGAGCAGGUUUACAAUGCGUGUGCAAAGCAAAUUGUCAAAGAUGUCCUUGAAGGUUAUAAUGGGACGAUUUUUGCGUAUGGACAGACUUCAUCAGGAAAAACACACACCAUGGAGGGGAAGCUCCAUGACCCUCAGCUCAUGGGGAUCAUCCCGAGGAUCGCACACGAUAUCUUUGACCAUAUCUAUUCCAUGGAUGAAAACCUGGAGUUUCACAUCAAGGUUUCCUAUUUUGAGAUCUACUUGGACAAAAUCAGGGACUUACUCGAUGUAUCCAAGACAAACUUGGCUGUUCAUGAAGAUAAAAACAGAGUCCCAUACGUAAAGGGGUGCACCGAGCGGUUUGUGUCAAGCCCAGAGGAAGUCAUGGAUGUGAUAGAUGAAGGCAAAGCAAACCGACAUGUGGCUGUAACAAACAUGAAUGAACACAGCUCUAGAAGUCACAGUAUCUUCCUGAUUAAUAUUAAACAAGAGAAUGUAGAGACUGAAAAAAAACUCAGUGGGAAGCUUUAUCUAGUUGAUUUGGCUGGGAGUGAAAAGGUCAGUAAAACUGGUGCCGAGGGAGCUGUUCUCGAUGAAGCUAAAAAUAUCAAUAAAUCUUUGUCUGCUCUUGGAAACGUGAUCUCUGCCUUGGCAGAAGGAACAAAAACACACGUGCCGUACCGGGACAGCAAGAUGACUCGGAUUCUUCAGGACUCUCUGGGUGGGAACUGUAGAACCACCAUCGUUAUUUGCUGUUCUCCCUCUGUCUUCAAUGAAGCUGAGACCAAGUCAACGCUGAUGUUUGGACAAAGGGCUAAGACCAUCAAGAAUACAGUCUCUGUGAACCUGGAACUGACAGCGGAAGAAUGGAAGAAGAAAUAUGAAAAAGAGAAAGAGAAAAACAAGACUUUGAAGAAUGUUAUCCAGCAUCUGGAGAUGGAGCUAAAUAGAUGGAGAAAUGGAGAAGCUGUGCCUGAGGAAGAACAGAUCAGUGCUAAGGACCAGAAGACCCUGGAGCCCUGUGAUAACACCCCCAUCUUAGACAACAUUGCUCCUGUUGUUGCCGGCAUCUCUGCAGAGGAGAAGGAGAAGUACGACGAGGAGAUCUCCAGUCUCUACAGACAACUGGAUGAUAAGGAUGAUGAAAUUAACCAGCAGAGCCAGCUGGCUGAAAAGCUAAAGCAACAGAUGUUGGAUCAGGAUGAGCUUUUAGCUUCCACAAGAAGAGACUAUGAGAAGAUCCAGGAGGAGCUGACACGUCUCCAGAUUGAAAACGAGGCAGCCAAAGAUGAAGUGAAGGAAGUUCUCCAGGCCCUGGAGGAGCUGGCUGUCAAUUACGACCAGAAGUCACAGGAAGUGGAGGACAAGACCAGAGCCAAUGAGCAGCUGACAGAUGAACUGGCCCAGAAAACGACUACGUUGACAACCACACAGAGAGAGCUGAGCCAGCUACAAGAGCUAAGCAACCACCAGAAAAAGAGAGCCACUGAGAUCCUGAAUUUGCUGCUGAAGGAUCUAGGGGAGAUCGGUGGGAUUAUUGGCACCAACGAUGUGAAGACUUUGGCAGAUGUGAAUGGAGUCAUUGAAGAGGAAUUCACCAUGGCCCGUCUGUACAUCAGCAAGAUGAAGUCGGAGGUCAAGUCGCUGGUGAACCGCAGCAAACAGCUCGAGAGCGCCCAGAUGGACUCCAACAGGAAGAUGAAUGCCAGCGAGCGGGAGCUGGCAGCGUGCCAGCUGCUCAUCUCCCAGCAUGAAGCCAAGAUCAAAUCCCUGACAGACUACAUGCAGAACAUGGAACAGAAGAGGAGGCAGCUGGAGGAGUCCCAAGACUCGCUCAGUGAAGAGCUGGCUAAGCUCCGAGCCCAAGAAAAAAUGCACGAGGUCAGCUUCCAGGAUAAGGAAAAGGAACAUCUGACGCGCCUGCAGGAUGCUGAGGAAAUGAAGAAGGCGCUGGAGCAGCAGAUGGAGAGUCACCGGGAAGCCCACCAGAAGCAGCUGUCCAGACUUCGAGAUGAAAUUGAGGAGAAGCAGAAAAUCAUUGAUGAGAUUCGGGAUUUGAAUCAGAAACUGCAACUGGAACAAGAGAAGCUCAGCUCUGAUUAUAACAAGCUGAAAAUAGAGGACCAGGAGAGAGAGAUGAAGCUGGAAAAGCUCUUAUUGCUCAAUGAUAAAAGGGAACAAGCCAGAGAGGACCUGAAAGGGCUGGAGGAGACAGUGUCUCGAGAACUGCAGACUCUGCAUAAUCUCCGUAAACUCUUUGUCCAGGAUCUGACUGCCCGGGUUAAAAAAAGCGUAGAGCUGGACAGCGAUGACGGAGGGGGCAGUGCUGCCCAGAAGCAGAAAAUUUCCUUCCUGGAGAAUAACCUGGAACAGCUCACUAAGGUUCACAAACAGCUGGUGCGCGACAACGCAGACCUGCGCUGUGAGCUGCCCAAGCUGGAGAAGCGGCUGCGCGCCACGGCGGAGCGCGUCAAGGCCCUGGAGAGCGCACUGAAGGAGGCCAAGGAGAACGCCAUGCGGGACCGCAAGCGCUACCAGCAGGAAGUGGAUCGCAUCAAGGAGGCCGUGCGAGCCAAGAACAUGGCCAGGAGGGCCCACUCGGCCCAGAUUGCGAAGCCCAUCCGCCCUGGACACUACCCGGCGUCGUCUCCCACGGCCGUCCACGCCAUCCGAGGGGGAGGAGGUGGCUCUUCAAACUCCACUCACUACCAGAAAUAAGUAUGAAAUGUGACUCUCCACGCAGCAUGUCAAGGACUACAUUAAUCACCAACUCCUUUAUUUUUUUCCCUUCUACACGAUUUCCAUUUUCUUGUACACUUGCCUCCCCAGGCAUCUGCAGUACACCGCUUUCAGACGUGUGAGCUGUGUAGAAUUUCUGUGUACAGAUGUGUGCUUGGACUUUUCUCUUCCUGAGGAAGCUGAAGUGGACAAUUACAGAAGAUCCACUUACUCCUGGGAACCGAUGCCGCGGCCUCGGCCUCAGGGCGUUGGGUGGUCUCUGGGCGUUGGGUGGUCUCUGGGCGGUCCCUGGAGCCUCCUUUCUUGGCAGUGCACUGUCCCAGCAGACACCCUAAGGUGCCAUUCCCUGGGGGGAACAACCAAGUGCCGUGGAGGUGGGGGAUCAUGCUCCACCACACCUGUCUGGUUUCCUGUAAAAUAAAUACAUUACUUUCUAUUUUUAGGGAACAUAAAAAGUGCUGCUGUAGGGUUCAAAAUUUUCAUUCUGAACACUUUUCCGAAACAAAUUACCCCAAAGAAGCAUUUUGAAUACCCUGUUCACAUCUUUGGAUCUGUAAAAUACACCUUUUAGUAUGGCACCUGUUAAAAUGCAAAGCAAAUUUCUUCCAGGCAGAAAAACAAUCUGACAGUAGCAAUGUAGAAUUUGUUCAUUCAGACAUAUCUGUGUAAACGCAAAAAGUCAUAAAAUUCGCCUCUGAGCUGCUUGCUGUUGAACCUGCAGCAACUAGUCUCAGCCAGCCCCGUUUGAACGUCAUUCCUUCAAGUGUUGAAAAUGCUGCAGAGUUGGAUGAAUAGAAAGGGGCUGGCCCCCGCCUCGCUUCCUCCUCCUUGAUCCUACUGGAGCUUGCAUUGGGGAUGGCCUCUUUCUCUAGGGAACUGUCUUAAGCCUUAGGGGGGAUUGCUGACAAAAUCCAGGAUCAUUCCAACCGUCGAAAAAGGAAGACCUGGGAGGAAGUGAUUGACAAAUUUUUGUGCCUAUAAAUAAGUUGCCAUGAGUAGGUUGGUAUUUUAACCCAUCAUCGCUAUUUGAGUUCUCUCUUUGGCAUCAAAUAGGUAAGUUUCAUCUUCCUAGGCAGAAUUAGAAGAAUUUGGUAUGGAUGGAUUUUUUUCCAUUUAGUUAACUGCUGUAUUCAAAUCCAUGCAUCUAAAGCAGAAUCAACUCUUACUUUCAGUUGUGCAUAUUGAAAUGAUUGAUUUCCAAUAGUGAUGUUUUCAGGGGAAUUGACAAGGAUUCAAUUGAGUUGGUCUUGUGUGCUGCUACUUGUUUUGACAAAUUUGAGGGUAAGUCAGUGAUAACCAAACCAGUCUCCCUGAAAGCAGCUGUCCUGUCAUUGUGCCUGCCCAAGAUGAAUGAGUGGGCACUGUCCCUGCUGCUGUCACCACUGGAAUGAAAUGGAUGCCGGGGGAGACACUGAGCUUUCUCAUCAUUGUAUGGGUCCAAGAUGGUUCAAGACAGCAUGUGUGUGUGUGUGUGUGUGUGUGAGUGUGAGUGUGAGAGAGAUGAAGAACUAGGGACUGUGAAUUGACUUGCAAACUCUUCUUGUAUAAAAUUUCCCUAACAAAGCAAAGCUGCUUGGACUUAAUUUAUUUGUUAAAUGUUGCACUUUGUUUAUCCGUGUUUUGUUUUUGGAGGAGAGUAAGGAGAAAAGAGGACCAAUUCUACUGAAGUAUUUAUUUCUAAAGAUGACAAUUUUGCAUUCAUUUACAUUUAAAAAAUUCUUUUGAUUCUCUUGCCUUGUUGCCAGUCCUCACCCAGUAAAACUGCCCGAUCGCUAUUUGCAGUCUGAUAGAAGGGUCCUUCUAGGGCUGGUCUUGCAAACCUCAUCAGGUACUAUCAUAGGGCAUAGAUUAUUACCUUGCUGUUAAUAUGUUUGCCUCUGAUGUUAGAAGCUAAAACAUUGGUCGAGUGGAUUGCCAAUUCCUAAUUGUCACACCGCUACUGUCUAUCAUGCAGCUGUGUAAGUUGAUGUUCAGAAGUAGAACAAAGGUCAGUAAUGCUUUUUUGAGGGGCUCUCGUUAUUAGAUUAUUUUAGAUUCUUUCCAAGGUAAUUUUUCCCUUGGCACUCCUUUUCUACUUCUAAAGAAUUGCUUGCCCCUUUCAUGUCUCAAAAGGGAACAUUCACUUGUAGUUCCAUAUUUCUUGAUCUCUACACGGGACUCAGAAAAUUCACUCUGCUUUUAUUCACAGAGAAAGUUGGCUUUGAUGUCUCUUAAAGAUAAUUCUGCUAGUUGCUGAUCAGCCAGUCAGUUCACCUAGCGUCAAUCUUUAUAGGACCUCUAAACUAAUUUUCCUACCCUGUGACUAAAAGGUAGGCAGAUUAUUGGAAUGAAUUAUACAGUAUAUUCAGCUGGAUCCCUAAAUAUGACUUUGCAUAAAAGCUAAAUUUGAGACCAUACACUCUGUAGGCCACUUUUUUAAAAAGUCAGACUUAUGCAAUUUUCAUUUUCUUAGACCAUUGCUCCUUUGCAUUUGUACUCUCAACGUAAAAACCACACUUCUGAGAGGCUGAGCCUCUGAUUAUAUUUUUGCUUGUAUGCUGCUGCUUUUUGCUAGUAUGUGUGUGCAUGAGUGUGUGUUUCUCCUCUGUGAAUAAUUUUAUAUUUCAUGCUACUUCUUGAACGUUUACUCUUCGAUGCUGUAAGGGAACAGCCAGAUCAUUGAUAAAAAUAAUCUCUACCUGCAGGAGGUGGGUUGUUAACUUAGAGGAGUGCUCUUUGGGAUAUCAAGAUUUAUGGUUGGAGACUAAAAUAGAGUAAUGCCAAAUGUGUUUUUGGUCAAUUACUAGAGAAUUCUGUACAAAUGCAUCAUUUUCUUCAAAUGCUAUACAGUUUGGUUUGUUGAAUGGCAGGUAGUGAGAGAACAGUAAGUGUGGAUUAAGGCUUUUAAAGGAAGUAGUAUCAUAUGAUUAAGAAAAUUAGAAUUCAUAGAAAUACUGAGAUAAAUGAAGAAAUAAAAAUGUUUGUCUAGAAUGUAGCAUCCAGGGACUUUGGAGCCCUACGUUCACGUGAGGAAGCGAUACUCCUGCGCAAGGCCAAGACCACACCAUCACCAAGACUCAUGGGGGAAUUAUCAGCUGUCCUUUCCUAGAGGAAUAACUGAAAGCAAAUGACGGCUCUUAACAGUCCCUCUUUGCAGUGUAUUUUUUUUAGCAAGGCAGAAGAUUUUUAGACUCUGGCUAUAUGACAUGUUGGGGAAGCUUUCCAUUGGCAGGAGGUCGAGGAAGGGGAGGAUUUCACUCCAUUGUCUCACCGUCAAUAUCUUAAGCAAGCUAAAGAAACCAUCAUAGUCUAAAAUGGCUUCGUUGAACACUAACAAUGUAGACGUUUUAAAAAUAUUGAGUAAGGGCCAGUUACUGCCGAAGGAAGCACGGCUCCGUGAAGUUUGCUUACACACUUACAAACCGUGUCUCCAUUUUAAAUACUUUUCCUUGUGUGCAGCUAUAAGGGGAAUAGGGCAUUCUUAGAAUUAUACAUGUCUAGUUUGUAAAGUAUGUAGUGUGUACUGCAGAUGUGUAUUCUCUGGGAUUUAUGUAUCUGUACAGUAGCUUUCAUUAAACAAAUUGUGGACAAACUUGUCUUGGUGGUUUGAGGGGGAGAAUGCCAGUUUAUAUCAAUUAAUGAUGCUGUAAUAUAGUCCAUGUAACAGAAGAUCUGGAAGUGACCCUCCCCUGGCUCGUGGGAAAUUUUGGCUAUCUUCUAGAUUCUAAAAUGAAGAUGUAUGGAUACUCCGGCAGACUGCAUGUUGUAUAAUUUCAAAAAUACUAAAAGUGGAAAAUAAAAUUGAAUUAAACUUUG